GGCGUGGGGGAGAGGGAGUGAGGCAGCAUGGGAGGAGUGACAGUGCAGUGUGUUUAAACCACGUGGCCGCUCCCCGCACCGGAAAUACGCAAACUGCGCCGUUGCCAAGAUGUCUGCGCCCGACGAAGACACGUUUGCCGAGGAAGGCGGCGAGAUGGAGGAGAUGGACGAAGCUGGCAGCGAUGAUGAUGAAGGAGAAGUGAUGGAGGAGGAAGGAGCGGACGGAGAGGGGGAGAGGAAAGUGUACGUGCCCGGGAUCGAGCCGCUUCGGCCCGGGGAAGAGCUGGAGAUGGACCGGUCUGCCUAUCGCAUGUACCACGAGUGCCAAACAGGGGCUCCGUGUCUGAGCUUCGACAUCCUGAGAGAUGGAGAUGGAGAAGGCAGGGAGCAGUUCCCUCUGUCCAUGCUGCUCUGUGCGGGCACACAAGCGGACACAGCCCUGAGCAACAGACUUAUCGUAAUUCGCAUGUACAACCUUCAUGGAACAGAGAAAGAGAAAGAAAAAGAAGGGGAAGAAAGCAGUGAUGAAGAAAGUGAUGAAGAUGAAGAGGAUGAAGAUAAGAAGCCACAGAUGGAACUGGCCAUGAUGCCUCACUAUGGAGGGAUUAACAGAGUCAGAGUGACCCAGCGUGGAGAGCAGUCAUUGGCUGCUGUCUGGUCAGAGAAGGGACAGGUAGAAAUAUUUGACCUCCGACCUCAGCUGGAGGCCGUCCACAGUUCUGCUGCCAUGGCAGCUUUCAUCAAACAGCAGAAGGAAGCCACAGCUCUCUUCAGUUUCACAGGACACAUGACUGAAGGCUUUGCAAUUGACUGGUCACCUACAGUACCUGGUCGUCUUGUCAGUGGAGACUGCAAAAAGAACAUCCAUGUGUGGGAGCCACGGGAGGGAGGGGCUUCAUGGCAGAUUGACCAACGACCUUUCAGCUCCCACAGCAAGUCUGUGGAGGAUCUGCAGUGGUCCCCUACUGAAGCUACGGUUUUUGCAUCUUGUUCGGUGGAUCAGUCCAUUCGUAUCUGGGACAUCCGUGCACCGCCCAAUUCCAUGCUCUCAGCCAAUGAAGCUCACUCAUCAGACAUCAACGUGAUCAGCUGGAACAGGAGCGAACCAUUCCUGCUGUCAGGAGGGGACGAUGGGCUUCUGAAAGUAUGGGACCUGCGACAGUUUAAGACCGGGCGGCCCGUGGCAAACUUCAAGCAGCACAGCGCUCCCAUCACCUCGGUGGAGUGGAACCCCGUGGACUCAAGUGUGUUCGCUGCCUCGGGAGCGGACGAUGUCGUCAGCCAGUGGGAUCUGUCCGUGGAGUCGUGUGACGUGGGUGCCAGGGUGGAGGGGGUGAAAGAUUUGCCCCCUCAACUACUUUUCCUGCACCAGGGUCAGUCAGAGAUUAAGGAGAUUCACUGGCACCCACAGAUACCUGGUGUGAUGAUCUCCACGGCUCUGUCAGGAUUCAACGUGUUCAGGACAAUAUCUGUGUAGUGUGUGUGUGUGUGUGUGUGUGUGUGUGUGUGUGUGUGUGUGUUUGAGAGAGAGAAACAGAGGAUUUUGCAUCUAAAUCAUUUGCAUUUAGCUCUAAACAUGUUUGAUCUUUAAGGAGCUUGUAAUAAUGUACAUAACUUAGCUGUGUAGGUGGUAGUUUUUUUUUUUUGACAUACAUUUGCCAGUUCAGGCACCAUAUGGUCUUAUAAUCUUUACCACUGAACUUUCAGUCUGUAUGUUUUACAGAUGUUAAUUAUAUUUAUGCAUUCCCUAGUGCAUGCUUAAAAUAAAAUUUUUACAACCAUAGUUCUCUUGUUUUUACCUGAAUUAAGUUUUUCAAAGAUAAAGGAUAGGCUGCUAUAUUUGUAUUUUACUUGUAAGGAAGGAAAACACAGAAUUACUUUAUGUCAAGAAAUGGCUGCCCAUGGAAAUCUGCUACUCCCUAUAUAAUAGAUACUCAAUAGUUUUCUGUAUAGGAAGCAGUACAUUGAGAUUUUGGACAGUUGUCCGUUAUCUUUUUGCAUCAUCUGUGACAGGCAUGGUGUUGCACAACUGUGAUGUUUGCAUCUAUAAAAUGCAGCAAAUUUAACUGAUAUUAAAGUGGUGUAAAUGCCA